AUGGCCCAACACGAAAACCUGGUUUCUCUGUUGGUAUAUUGUGUAUAUGAUGGUCUUCGGCUACUAAUAUACUACUAUAUGCAAAAUGAAAGCCUUGACUACUGGUUACCUGAGAACCUUAAUGACUCAUCUCAACAUGAUCAGCCACUGCGGUUGAAAAUAGCUUUUGGAGCAGGUAGAGUGUUGGCUUACAUACACAAAAUAUGUGAACCACACGUUUUGCACCGUGAUAUAAAGUCGAGCAACAUUCUCCUCGAUGAAAACUUUGAAGCAAAUGCUUCUAAUUUUGGAUUAUCCAAACUUAUUCUCCCUUAUGAAACUCAUGUUACACUCGAGCUUGUUGAAACACUGGGGUACAUUCCACCAAAGUAUGGGCAGCUGCUACUGGACCAUAGACUCCUGCUAUCGUUACCGAAGUUGAACCCACAUAGAGUUGAGUUCACUAGAUUCUCUGAAACCGCAACUGUAGAUCUUCUUUCAUCAUCAAUAUUUGUUGCAUUGUUGUUCACCUCUGUGCUGCACUCUUGGUCAAACCGUAAUCAACAAACUUGGUCAAUCAAUUACAGUUUAGCUAGACUUGUUGACCAACAUCACAAGUUGAAGGUGUCACUGCCACCCCUCGAGGAAGCAUAA